AUGGCGGAUAAGCCUUCACAAACCCCAACAUCCAACGACGACCCCUACAAGCUCCUCAACAUAGUCAAAAACCCAGACGGCUCCCUCACCCGCCACCCCCCAUUCCCCAUGGUCCCCCCAUCUCCGACUCCAACUGAUUCCAUUUCCUCCACCGCCGCAGCCACCGAGUCAAACUCACCCCAACUCGUUCUCUCCAAGGACAUCCAAAUAAACCCAACAACUAAAAACUCCGUAAGGCUCUUCAAGCCCCACCCUCUUCCCCCAAACUCUAAGCUCCCUCUCAUCUUCUACUUCCAUGGCGGCGGCUUCAUCCUCUUCUCCGUGGCUUUACAACCUUUCCACGACUCCUGCUCUCGCAUGGCGCUCUCUCUCCCGGCCCUCGUCGUCUCCGUCGAGUACCGCCUGGCUCCCGAGCACCCUCUCCCCUCCGCCUACGACGACGCCGUUGAGGCCGUCGACUGGGCCCGCAGCCAGGCCUCCAACAUCAACGGCUGCGAUCCCUGGUUGAAGGACACCGUUGAUUUCUCCAAGUGCUUCCUAAUGGGCAGCAGCGCUGGGGCUAAUAUCGUCUACCACGCGGGUCUACGCGUCGCGGGCGUUGAUCUCUCUCCAGUGAAGAUCCAAGGGCUGAUAUUCAACCAGCCUUAUUUCGGUGGGGUCGAGAGGACUCAGUCCGAGUUAAGGCUGAUCAACGAUCGGAUUUUACCGUUGGUUUCUAAUGAUUUGAUGUGGGCCCUGUCAUUGCCGAAGGGAGCUGAUCGGAAUCAUGAAUAUAGCAAUCCGACGGUAGGGGGCGGUGAUGAGAGGAUCGGACGGUUACCAAAUUGUGUAGUGAGAGGGUUCGGUGGGGACCCACUGGUGGAUAGGCAGAAGGAGUUUGCGAAGUUGUUGGAGUCACGUGGGGCGCACGUGGUGGCCAAGUUUGAGGAGGAUGGUUUUCAUGGCGUGGAGCUCUUUGAUCCCACCAAGGCUAAGGCUCUGUACGACAUUAUUAAGGAUUUUGUCCAGCCUUGCGGUGCAAACGACAGUAAAGCUGUUGGCGUUUCGAAAUCGGCUAUCUGA